AUGGCGGCAUGCAGGUCUCUUGUUCGCCAAUGUGCCGUCUUUAUGCGCUCAUCUAGGCCUUUGAGUCAUUCAUUGCGCCAAUUGCCUAGAUGCAACCCUCUGCCUCGCAGUUAUGCGACCUCGGUCGCCGCCGCGGAACUCAAAUUCGGCCAGCCGCUGCAUGAGACGCAUCCCCACAUCCUCAGCCCAGGUGAACGAUUCAAUGAACCCAAUGCACUCGCGAUUAUCGGGAACGACGGUUCUGGCGACAAUCACAUCUUUCAUUUAUAUGUGCGGGAAAAGGACCCCAAAGCAGAACUCUGGGACGGGGCGCGCUCCGGCACUCAGGCUGCUGUGGACGUCUUCAAUGCGGAUGAGGGAGAACAGACGGGAAACAUUGAACAAAUUGGAGAUAUCUUGCCAGCCAUUGUCCAGGGAGCGACAGAGGUUUACUCGGACAUUCCAACAUUUGAUGGUUCAAGAUCGUCCUUGAAUCGGUAUCUGUAUGGGGCAACAGUCGCGUCGGAGAAGCUGAAGAAGGUCGUCGACCACCACAGGGUCAGGCCACUAAAGCACUUGCUGAACGAAAUGAGGGUGUUUAAGAGUGAGAAUGAGGUUGUACAGAUGCGCCGACUGGGGCAAGCGUCAGGGAGAGCUUUCACCGAGGCUAUGCGGCAAGACUUCACCCGAGAGAAAGAUCUCUAUUCUUUCCUGGAGUACCAGUUCAAGGUGAAUGGCUGUGAUACUAACGCUUUUGUCCCGGUUGUCGCGGGUGGUCAGGAAUGGGGGAGCUAUAUUUCUGACAUCACUCGAACAUGGCCUGUCAAUGGCAAGUUCUCCGAUCCCCAGCGGGAUCUGUACAAUGCUGUGCUCAAGGUGCACCGGUGCUGUCUUGCUUUGUGCCGCGAGACUUCCAACCUUUCUUUAGACAAACUCCAUGGUAUCGCCGAGAAUGGAUUGAAAGACGAGCUCAAGUCGCUUGGCUUUGAUCUGUCCGGCAAUGCACUGAACACUCUAUUCCCGCACCAUCUAGGCCACUAUAUUGGCCUGGACGUCCAUGACUGCCCUGGGUAUUCUAGAGGCUACGACCUGAAAGCAGGUCAAUGUAUAACGAUUGAACCGGGUAUCUAUGUUCCCAACGAUGAACGAUGGCCCGCCCACUUCCGCGGGAUCGGAAUUCGCAUCGAAGAUAGUGUUUGCGUCGGAGACGAACACCCUAUUGUUCUAACCCCUGAGGCCGUCAAGGAGGUGGAAGACAUUGAAGCACUGCGUAAUUAG